AUGACCAGAGCAGGUGUGCUUUGGACGCUGUUCUUUCUGUUUGCCCUCGUGGCCUCCCAGUCUUUCUGUCCAGAUGAGGAUUCAAGCCUGAAAAAAUGGUCAGAGGAUGCAACAUGGAAUGGACAGGUCCCACAAGAAGGGGAUGACCUUGUCAUAGAGAAUGGAGAUAGACUGCUCCUGGACACCUCUCCUCCCUCCCUAGGUUCUAUUACCAUACAGGCGGGCGGAGUGUUGGUCGUGGCUGACAAGAUGGAUAUUAGUUUAAGUGUCAAGUACAUUAAAAUCCAAGGAGAAAUGCAUGUGGGCUCCGAAAAUUGUCCCUUUACUGGAAAACUCCAUAUAACUCUGCAAGGGAAUCUGCGGGAAUAUGAUAUACCAGGUUUUGGUGAGAAAUUCAUUGGUGUAGAGAACGGUGGAGUACUUGAAAUCCACGGUGAAUACCGCCUACCAUGGACAAAGAUUACAAACACAGUUGAUAAAAUACAGUACAUUUCUAACGUCAGGAAUAUUGAUAUGACACAAACAGCUGACGAAGAUGACAGAAUAAGCAAAAACAUCCGCGCACUUGUUAUAUAUGUCUUCAAUGAACAAACUGGUGUCUUGGAGUCUGCGGCAGAAUUGGUGGAUGCUAAUGGAAAAGCAAAGGAUUUUCCCGAUAAAGUCGCAAAAGCCAAAGAAAUUCUCGAUGAUGUUCCGGCAGGAAAAAUAGUAGCAUUAGCAUUGAAGAGACGAUUUAGGGUGGAGAAAGUAGACCCGUCUGGACUGUUUGAUAUGCUAGAGGAGUGGGCCUAUGGUACAGUAGACAAAUCAUCUCUACAGUUCAGAGACUACAAGUUCCACGGAGCUUGGGUGCUCAUCAAGAAACAAGGCACCGAUGCAACUACCAAGGAACUUCUCCUGAAUGAUGAUGGAAAAGAUGUACGCAUCGCUGAGCUGUACCACACGGAGAACAGCAUCAAAUUUGGAGUACGUAGCUGGGUUCACACAAACAAGAGAGGUCUAUGCUACUCCCGCGCCAAGUCCAGCUUAACUCAGUUAUCCCUCCCCGUUAUCAAUGUUGUAGACAACACGGAAACAUGGCGCACUGGCGAUACUGUUGCACUGAUGUCCACUGACUUUGACUGGAAACAGACAGAGUUCGGGACAAUAGUGGACUGUCCAGCUUGCACCUCUAACCAAAUCCAAGUAAACAUUGAGCCAGAUUUCACUCAUUUUGGUGAAAUAUACAAGAACGUAGAUAUGCGCGGUGAAAUUGCUUUGGUCAACCGAAACAUAUUAAUCGAAGGAGGACCCGACAGGAAGGGAAGGGAGAUUGGUGGACACAUAAAGUUUAUGAAAGGAUUUAAGACAGUACAGGUGAAGAAUAUCGAAUUAAACCGAAUGGGACAACAGACCUCACUAGGGAAUUAUCCUUUACAUUUCCAUAUGUGUGAAGAUGUAGAUGACAGAACCAAGCCGUCACUUUUAAGCGGAAACAGUAUUCACAAUUCCUUUGCUCGUUGUAUCACAGUACAUGGCAGUCAUGGCGCUCAGGUUAAAGACAAUUUCUGCUUUAACACCCUUGGUCAUGGAUAUUUUUUGGAAGAUGGAGGCGAGAAAAAGACUGUCUUAGAUGGUAAUCUAGGAGCGGGACAACGGAGAGGGAAACUCAUUCAUUCCGACAUGAAUCCAACAACAUUUUGGAUAACAAAUCCGCAGACAUACGUCAGAAACAACGUGGCUGCAGGCGAAGAGGCACACGGAUUCUGGUUUGUCUACCCAAACACACCUAUAGGUCCCUCAGCAGGCCUUGGCUUCAUGGAUAAAUAUGAAGCCAUGCAUACUGCAAUAUUUGAAUUCGACAACAACGUUGCCCAUUCAAACAGGAAGAGUGGUUUAUUCAUUGAUAAUAUCUUGCUACCUAACGGUAUUCUUGGACCGAGUAAUCUUUAUGAACCCUGGAAUGACCCAAAAGAUUCAGAAUCCGGGGCCAAAAUGGUGACCAUUAGAAAACUCACAGCCUAUAAAAACAUGAAGGAAAAUGCUUGGAUUAAUGGCGGUUCCUUUAAUGUUACCGAGUCUUCAUUCUCUGAUAGCGUCAUUGGACUUACAUUUAAAAGAAGUUCCGAACAGAAUCAGUACAUUGAAAAGAGCGUUUUUAUUGGGGAUUCCCCAAACACUGGGUCCCCUACAGUGAUUACCAAUGGGGGAUCGUCCAAAACUUAUCCAAGAUCUGUCCCAUUAGAGUUUGCUGACCAACCUCGCCAAGGGUUUGUGUUUUAUCAUGGCCCUGUUUUUGUCGAUGACACGUUUUUCGGAGACUUUGAGGAUACGGAUAAUUAUAGAUCUGGUGCUCUUGGUUUUCAACGGGAUAACGCUGGUCAUAGUUCCCCUAUAAGCGCUGUCAGCAGAAUCAAAUUUGGCUUCUCAGAUCCAUCCGAGGGUAACCGAGUAUUCGAUGGGAACGCUACAGACAAUGGCUUCUCUGGACUGGACGGUGAUUUGAUCGGAACCUUUCGGGAUUCUGAUGGGUCCGUGUUUUCCGCCGGAUCUCAGAUUGUUAAGGAUCUUCCAUUCCAUUCGACCUCAAAUUGUUACCAGAGGUCCAACUGGAAAAUGAUGGCGUGUACAAAUACCUUCGGUCAAGUACGUCUGUCGUGGAAUUAUAAAGUUAACGGAGUAGCUAAUGACGUCUCCAUUUAUCGGGACGACCUUCCAGAUAACCCAAUUGAGUCAGACGCAAAGAAAAAUGCUCCAUUCAUGGCCAUUUUGGGAGAAGGAUAUGGUUAUUUAGAAAUGCCUUCAUCGGUUGCCUUUAAAGGACUUGGUUUCACUAAAACAAAAACUGCACGGAUUGGGCUCUGUGUUCCCAGGGAUGCUACAAUAAGUAUAAAAGUACAAAAUCUCACAUCAACGAGUAAUUGGGACACAUGGGUAAAAGGAGAGUCCAUGACAACUAUCGAUGACCUUGACUCCAGUACAAAUGCGAACAAUUACUUUCUAGAUUCAGAUGUUGGGGUUCUAUUUUUCAAUAUGAUGCAUGCAAGGGAAUACGUCACCUCAGAUGUGCAGGAUUGUCUUGAUGAUCGAUGCCCUAUUGUGAUGGUGAAGAUAACUGGAGGAGAUUCCUCCGAUUCGGACUGCACCUCCCGAGCGUUCGAGAAAUACAAGCAAGAAUCACGUGACUCCUCCCCCGAGACCGAAAUUACUGCCUUACCAACAAGUGAUCUUUAUCCCCCUACCUCCUGGGGUGCUGGCUCGUCCCGUGAUUAA